AUGGCACCCCGCGGCCGAGGAGGAAAGUUCUCCAAACCCAGCAGAGGAGGUGGAAAGCGCUUCAGCCGGGAUGUGCAGCCGGUAGACAAGGAUGGGAACCCCGUUGGUCUCUGGCGGGAACCCGACGAUGAUAUCCCCUCGUCCGUCGAAGAAGAGGAAUCUGACGACACCUCCGGCUCCGACGAGGAUUCCAGCGACGACGAUGACAACGCUGGCGCCGCCCGCCCGGGCCCCAGCUCCACGGUGGCGGGCACCGGCGAGGUAACCUCGACGAUGACCCGCGACGAGCGCCGCGCGGCCGCAAAGGCGAAGAAGCAAGCGGCGAUCGCGCGCCGGACCCGAGUCGCCGCGCAGCCGGGCGACCUGCCGCCCUCGGACUCGGAGGAGGAUUCUGCUGGCGGCGACUCGGACGACUCGGACGACGACGAGGACCUCCCCGCCAAUCCGAACCACACGGCCAAGUCGCGGUCGCAGCUACAGAAACAGCCCGACGCGGCGGCGGCGGCAGGAGCGCAGAAGAGCGGUGCCACGGACCCGUCGCAGCUGUCGCGGCGAGAGCGCGAGGCCAUCGAGGCGCAGCAGGCGCGCGAGCGGUACUUGAAGCUGCACGCUGAGGGUAAGACGGACGAGGCGCGCGCGGACCUAGCGCGGCUAGCGAUCAUCCGCGAGCAGCGCGAGGCGGAGCGGCUGCGCAAGGAGGCCGAGAAGGAGGAGAGGGAGGAGCAGGCCAAGGAGCGUGCUGCGGCGCGCGAGCGCGAGCUGAAGAAACGCGAGGAGGCUAAGGCGGGCAAGAAGAAGGGCGGUCUUAAGAAGAAAUAG